UCGUGACGCGUCCUUCUCCCUGCCUGUCCCCACCAGCGGAAGGCAGCGCGCUCUCUGUUCUAAAAUCAGUGCUGAGUGAAUCCUGAAACAUCUGCCAAAAUGGUGAACUUCACAGUGGACCAGAUCCGUGCCAUCAUGGACAAGAAGUCCAACAUCCGUAACAUGUCCGUGAUUGCGCACGUGGACCACGGGAAAUCUACACUGACCGACUCUCUGGUGUCCAAGGCUGGAAUCAUCGCUUCGGCCCGCGCCGGAGAGACCCGUUUCACUGACACGCGCAAGGAUGAGCAAGAGCGCUGCAUCACCAUCAAAUCCACGGCUUCAUUUCUUUAUUCCAGGACCAUUUUGAUGAUGGGUCGUUACGUCGAGCCCAUCGAAGACGUGCCAUGCGGUAACAUCGUGGGUCUGGUUGGCGUGGACCAGUUUUUGGUGAAGACCGGGACCAUCACAACUUUCGAGCAGGCCCACAACAUGCGUGUGAUGAAGUUCAGCGUCAGCCCUGUGGUCAGAGUGGCGGUGGAGGCCAAGAACCCCGCCGACCUGCCCAAACUAGUGGAGGGACUCAAGCGCCUGGCCAAGUCCGACCCCAUGGUGCAGUGCAUCAUCGAGGAGUCCGGAGAGCACAUCAUCGCCGGCGCUGGAGAGCUUCACCUGGAAAUCUGCCUUAAAGAUCUGGAGGAGGACCACGCCUGCAUUCCACUGAAGAAAUCGGACCCCGUUGUGUCCUACAGAGAGACGGUCAGCGCAGAAUCAAACCAGAUGUGUUUGUCCAAGUCUCCCAACAAGCACAACCGUCUGUACAUGAAGGCCAAGCCGUUCCCCGACGGUCUCGCCGAAGACAUCGACAAGGGCGAUGUGACAUCCCGCCAGGAGCUCAAGGCCCGCGGCCGUUACCUGGCUGACAAAUACGAGUGGGAGGUCACAGAGGCCCGUAAGAUCUGGUGCUUCGGACCUGACGGAACCGGACCCAACCUCCUGAUGGUCGUGACCAAAGGAGUGCAGUACCUGAACGAGAUCAAGGACAGCGUCGUGGCUGGAUUCCAGUGGGCCACUAAAGAGGUGAGACGCUCGAAGUUAAAUGGGGUUUGGUUAACUAGCUGUCCUCUUGAUGCCCUGGCUGGUCUGUGAGGAGAAAUCAUGCAC